AUGGCGGAGCUCCUCCCGUCGCUGCCUCUGGAGACGCGGUGCCCGCCGUUCCCGCUGCGUCUGUACGGCGGCUACUGGCUGCCGGAGUGGGUGCUCCCAGGGUUGGAGGCCGUCCACGCGCGCUUCGACCCCAGGCCGUCCGACGUUCUCCUCGCCAGCUUCCCCAAGUCCGGCACCACCUGGCUCAAGGCGCUCGCCUUCGCCGUCGCCAACCGCGCCGACCACCCGCCGUCCGGCGACGCGCACCCGCUCCGCCGCAGCGGGCCGCACGACUGCGUCAGGUUCUUCGAGUCCAGCUUCGCUCUCGCCGGUGAAGGCGGCGGCGACAUAUUCGCCGCGUCACCGUCGCCUCGCCUGCUGGCCACCCACAUGCCGUACUCCCUCCUGCCGGAACGUAUCACGGCGAGCGGCUCCGGCUGCCGGAUCGUGUACGUCUGCCGGGACCCCAAGGACGCGUUCAUCUCGGCCUGGCUGUUCACGACCAAGAACAGCACGGCGCACGACAGAAGCGUUCAGAAAUCGGCUUCGAUCGAGGAGGUGUUCGACCUGUUCUGCGCCGGGCGGUGCGUUGCCGGCCCGCAGUGGCAGCACGUUCUUGAGUACUGGUCGGAGAGCCAGAGGCGGCCGGAGAAGGUGCUCUUCCUCCGGUACGAGGAGAUGCUCCGUGAGCCCGCACGCAGCGUGAGGAGGCUGGCCGAGUUCCUGGGGUGCCCGUUCGCCGAGGAGGAGGAGGCCGCCGGGGCGGUGGACGCCAUCGUCGAGCUCUGCAGCAUCGGCCAGCUCAGACGCGUUCCGGCGAACAAGACAGGCGCCACCGAACUGGGCAUCAACAAGGAGUCCUUCUUCCGGAAAGGGGCGGCCGGCGACUGGAGCAACCACAUCUCACUGGAGAUGGCCGCGCGGCUGGACGCGGUUGUCGAGGAUGCGCUGCGAGGCUCGGGGUUCUCCUUUGCCGCCGCCGGUGGUGACUCCGAGUGA